AUGCUCGAUGGCGUGGUUGAGGUGCUUGAGGCCCGACGGACUGCCCCCAUCGGCGACCGCGGAAUUAUCGUGAGCUCUGUGUCGUGGGUAAUGCUCGUCGCUACCAUCUUUACCCUUCUCACGCGUCUUGCAAUGAAGUUGGCAUUGUCUAAGAAGGAACACAAAUUUGGGCUUGAUGAUGUGUUCAUUAUUCUUGCCGCUCUUUUCAGUAUCGGCCAGACAGCUUCUGUGUCUGUAGAGGCAAUGAAUGUCUUAGGGCAACAUUUUGGAGAUCUAACUGCUGGCCAAAAAAAAAUCUUCCAAAAGGCCGAGUAUGCUGGAUGUAUGCUAUACAUCGCCAACAUGGGCUGCGCCAGAAUAUCAGUCUGCCUCUUGAUUAAGCAGAUACUCCCUGGCAGAACCCCCAAGAUCACGGCUCUCGUGUUUGCCGUCUUUUCUUUCAUUUGGUCCGUCUCGGGCGUAAUUGUCACAGCCUUUCCCUGCCAUUUACCCAAGCCUUGGGACUUCUCGAGCGGCAAGUGCUACAACAUAGUCAAGUUUGUAAACUACCUUGGUAUUACCAAUUGCGUGUUUGAAGUUCUUCUCGUUAUGAUACCCCUAUUUGUCUGGAAUCUGCGUCUUACCGCUGGGAGGAGGGUAUCUGUUUCUUUCGUCUUCCUCACCCGCUUAAGCAUUGUGGCUGUUGUCAUUACUCAACUGGUGUUUUUUAACCGCUACUGCAAAUCUCCCGACAUCACAUACUCGUACUGGCGCACCAUCCUGUGCAUCCAGAUUGCACAAAACCUCUCCAUUAUCACCGCCUGCCUACCAUGUCUGCAUCCGUUCAUCCUCGGAAUCUUAGCUGGUACAACACAAACUGAAUGCUUUGCAUUUCAGUGCAAAACCAGAUCACAUUUUCAAGACUAUUUCCGAAGAAAGAGUUUCAAGCUGGAUUCUCAGCGCUCCUCAACAUCGCCCACCCCAAUGCGCGAAGAGAGCUACUGUGCACCACUUGCCACCUACGGUCUCGACCGCUCCUCCGCACAUCUAAACUCCCAACACUUCAACCGCUUCCCUACGAACGUUGCAACUCCGAUCGUGGGUAACAACCCUCCCGAAAACAUCUUCAACCGAAGUAUCGAGAUUCCCCGCUCACGACCCGGCACAUCUGCCUCACAGAUAGGCCUCCCAGCUGUCCCACCGAAAACUCUCAGCCAAGUCGGCGUCCUGCCAAUAAUAGACUGGGACACAGACAGCAGCGACCGGGACUCUGGGAGAAGUUCACCGUCACGAAGGCCGAAUUCAGACUAUGUGUUCAAUCGAGAGAAAGUAAUUUCAGUCCCGGAGGCGGGGAAACUGUACGAGGAGGAUUAUUGGAGAAGAUAUCCGCCGCCACCGGAGAAAUAG